AUGAAGCUGGUAUCCAUCUUUCUACUGGUGACCAUUGGUAUUUGUGGUUAUUCCGCCACGGCCUUCCUCAUCAACAGUGUCCCUCUUCCUGUACCUGUCGACAACCUUAUUCCCUUAUUUGACCCUUUGAAGAUGCUUCUGAAAACCCUGGGCAUUUCUGUAGAACAUCUGGUGCAAGGGCUGAAGAAGUGUGUGGACGAACUGGGGCCCGAGGCUUCAGAGUCUGUGAAGAAGCUUCUGGAGGCCCUUUCACACCUGGUGUAA